AUGGUCAAGACCUCACAGAGGAAGCAUCGUGAUUGGGUAAACCAAUGUAAACCGAAGCCUGAUUUAAGCAUAUCCAUCCCUUUGAGAAUGUCCAGUUACAUAUUCAAGAGUCCAGUGACUAGAAUCACAUCCCACCCUGGCAAUGAGGUCAGAUGCCAUCAAUGGGAGGAAACCUUGGACAAGCCCCAGCAGGUAUGCUGGCAGAAGAGACUGCAAGGACUCCAGGCCUGCAGCAGCACAGGACAACUGUUAAGUCCUUUCGAUCUUGCCAAAGCCUUGCCCAAACUUGUGCCUCAUUGCACAAGUGAAUCCCUGUCAGGUGUUCUCGCAGGUGGUCCGCACUGCAGCUCCAUGCCCACCCCUGCCUGGUCCUCACAUAUGGCAGAGAUGAUUCCAGGAGCUGGCCUGGGUAUCCCACAGCUCCUCUGCAAACAGUUUCUGGUGACUGAGAAAGAUAUCAGGAAGCAGGAAAGGAAAAUGAAGAUGGCAAGAGAGAGACUGGCAAUAGUAUUGAUUGCAGACAGACUGGCAAGUGAGGCAGAGAAAGUGAGGGACCAAGAAGAACAUUCUGGAAAACACGAUGGCAAAAAAGAGAAGAUGGUGCAGAGGAAAUGGAGCACAGCACUUUAUUAA